ACCUAUUUGGAUCUGGAGGGACAUUGUGACGUCACAGAACCCAAUUAUCGAAACGUUCGUUAAAACCAUCCCUGCGCAUAUUUUACUGCUGACAUCCUCUGAGUGUGAAGCCAGUGGCGCAGCCUCCCACGGAGAGACCCGAGGCUCGGAAAGUCACGGCGUGAUUCAGUGAAAGUGGGUGGCUCUGGAUCUGGAGGAGGGGGGGCUCCAGAAGGGAAAAGGAGCAGGGAAAGGACGGGAAGUGAGGGACCGUGUGGGAAGAGAGAAAGAGAAAUAGGAGGGGCUUAGAAAGUAUGAACUUGAGCAUGAUUUGGCUGCAGGAAGCAUUAAGAAGGGCAAAGACUCCAAACAGGACGCGCUAGGAUCACUCCUGCUUUGUAAAUCCUCAGAUUGGGACCUUUUCUCCUCCUCCCCCGGAGCGCGCCCCACUUUUUGGAUGGUUUCUCCUUUACGCGCGAGCGUUGUCUUCUUGUUUUUCCUCCCUGCGCCGUGCGUAAUUUCGCGUCCGGGCUCGAGGAAGAGGGCGACAGCGCAGCCACACGAGGACGAGGACGCGGAAUCCGCUCGGAAGUAACACUGGAAAAUGAGAGCCGUGCUGGGCUUGUGCUUGGUCUUCCUGACGGCGCGCGCCCCCGGCGCGCUGUCCCUCUCCACACAUGUAGCAGUCAUCCACCCCCAGGACCCCGUUCUCCGAAUCGGCUCCAACUUGACGGCCAGCUGCUGGGUCCACCCGGACCUGGGCAUCCACGCCAGCUCGCUGUACUGGACCCUGAACGGACAGCAGCUGCCCGGCUCGCUCUACAGGGUCCUGAGCCCCACCAACCUCAGCGUGACGCUGGGCGCCCUGAGCGCCUCCAGGCAAACAUCUGGAGAUAACCUCGUCUGCCAUAACCACAAGGGACACAUACUGGCCGGCUCCUGUCUUUAUGUGGGCAUGCCUCCAGAAAAACCAGUCAACCUCACCUGCUGGUCCAGGAACACCAAAGACCUGACCUGCAGCUGGGCUCCUGGAGGAAGAGGGGAGACUAAUAUCAGUACGAAGUACAAACUGAAGUACAAACUCAGAUGGUACGGCACAGAGAAGGAGUGCAAGGACAACAGCCACACUCUGCCGUACUCCUGCAGCAUCACCCAGGACCUCCACCUCUUCACGCCGUACGAGAUCUGGGUGGAGGCCUCCAACCAGCUGGGCAAGGCCAAGUCUGAUGUCAUCACAGUUGACAUCCUAGAAGUAGUGACCACAGACCCCCCGUCAGGUGUGAUGGUCAGCCGGGUCGGGCAGUUGGAGGACCAACUCAGCGUCCGCUGGGAAGCCCCGCCCGCUCUUAAAGACUUCCUGUUUCGAGCCAAGUACCAGAUCCGCUACAGGCUGGAGGAAAACCAGGACUGGAAGGUGAUGGACGACGUUGGGAAUCAGACAUCCUGCAGACUGGCCGGACUCAGACCGGGAACGGUGUAUUUUGUUCAGGUCCGGUGUAACCCUGUGGGCAUCUACGGCUCCCGCAAAGCUGGGAUAUGGAGUGAGUGGACCCACCCGACUGCUGCCUCCACACCCCACAGUGAGCGACUGAUGACGGGCUCCUGCGACUCCAAGUCCAGCGGGGACUCGAACUCCACCCUGCGGCGGGAGCUGAAGCAGUUCUUCGGCUGGGUGCGGAAGCACGCCUACGGCUGCAGCAGCAUGUCCAUGAAGCUCUACGACCAGUGGAGGGUGUUGAUGCAGAAGUCCCACAAAACUCGCAACCAGGUAGGUUCUCCAAGGGGAUAAAUCAUAGCACUCGCUGGCGUCAGAAGCAGAAAUGAACUGAGUGAAUGCAGUGGGUGUUUUUUCUCUAUGUGUGACAGAGAGACGACGCUCGCGUUUUGGAAUUAUAAAGACAUUUUGUACCGGCCGCCUUCAUUGGGUGGAGGAGACGCCGUCAGUCUGAGCACAUGACCACCGGUGGACGAGAUGAACGGCUCUCACAUCUGUAGCACCACAUUGAUGGACCCCAGAACAGACAUGAUCCAACAGAGAUGCUGCAAACACGUUUCAAGUGUUCCUCCUGUGGAUCCGAAGCACCAUCUAGUGGCUGCUCCUCACCCGUGGAUCCUCCACCUCCUCACCUCAAUGCAGAGAGAAACAGUAUUUCUGAUUAUCGCUUUGUUUAUAUAAUGUGCCAAACGUUCUCACCCAGGAUCCGUGUAUUUCUGAGUGACAGUAUGUGACUGAUGACGAUUUGCUGCCUUUAUUUUUGUACUUAUUAAUAUGGGCAUAUUUAAAGUAUAAAAUUAUGUUUUAUAAUUUUUAAAUUAUAUUUAGUUACUAAAGACUAUACAAUGACUGAAGUUGUUAUUAAUCUCUCAUGAUGUUCCAUAAAAAUGCUGCCAGAAACUCUGAGUGUGGAAAUGACUAUGGAUUGAUUGAAGCAGUUUAGGUGGAAAAACAAUCCAAAUUAGGCAAAAUGAAGAUAAAAAAAGAAUUAAAUGCCUAGAGAGCUUUAAAAAAAGGGAGUAAAAACAAUAAUAUAAUCAAGAA